AUGUUGGCAUCUUCAUCGAGCGAAGAAGAUGAAAGUUUCCCCGGCUCCCCUCUCCCCGGUCAGCCAAAGUUCAUCGGAGGAGGAUCCGGGAAUUCCGGUCGGGGGUACCAGGUUCCACUUUCUGCUACCCUAAAGCAGACCACUCUGGACGCGUCCAGCGGUGCUGGGCCGGGACAGGUGUUCAGUAAGAACUACGCG